GCCACGGGGCGCCUUGUUUUAACCGCUUUAGAAAAUAAACGUUUAUACAAAUUCGCCCUGGGUUUUGUUCUCCCCUCACCCGGGAACUUCUGGUCCUCCUCCACCCCGUCUCGUUACGGGGAAGGUUUAACACCAGUAGGAGGAGCAGCCGGAGCCGUUUUCCCUGCCGGGCCCCGCGACGGCUGCCGGCGCUGCCCGCCGUUCCUCCGAGCCCUCCGCACGGCGCACCCGGGGAGCCGAACUUCUACCCCCCGAGCCGAUCUAACAUUCACGGGCUCGCCCCGGGCAGCCCGAACUAACGCGGCUUUCCCGGACUUUCGGCCCCUCCCGGAGGCGGGCGGGAGGGAGGGAGGGAGGGAGGCGAGGCGGGCGGGGCGCUGCACGGCGCGGCGGCUCCUCCUCGCCGGCUCCGGGGUUCGUUUCGGAGCGGAGCCGGGGGGCGGAACAAAGCGGAGGAGCGGGCGGGAGGCGCAGCGAAGGCGGGCAGGGCGGCCCCGCAACAGGUUCCCCCCGCGCGUCCCGGCGGCGGCGGCAGCGCAGGCCCUACGCUUCCCAGCUCGGCGGUCUCCCGCUCCGGGCGGCGGGGCCGGCACCGGCCGCCCCCAUGCGGUUCGGCUCCAAGAUGAUGCCGAUGUUUCUGACAGUAUACCUCAGCAACAAUGAACAACACUUCACAGAGGUGCCAGUCACCCCAGAGACAACAUGCCGAGAUGUGGUGGAGCUGUGCAAGGAGCCUGGUGAAAGCGAGUGCCACCUGGCUGAAGUGUGGUGUGGCUCAGAACGUCCUAUAGCCGAUAAUGAACGGAUGCUGGAUAUUUUGCAGCGCUUUGGGAUGCAGAGGAGUGAGGUGCGUUUUUUUCUUCGACAUGAGCGCUCUCCCUGCUGGGAAUCAGGGACUGGACAGAGGUCUCAAGAUCCAUCCCUAAAAAGAAAUGGUGUGAAAGUGCCUGGUGAUCGAAGAAUGGAGAAUGGAGUCAGCGCUCCAAGGAUGGAUAUGACACUGGCUGAACUUCAGGAAAUGGCAUCACGUCAGCAGCAACAAAUUGAGGCUCAACAGCAAAUGCUGGCUAACAAGGAACAGCGUCUGAAAUUCCUCAAACAGCAAGAUCAGCGACAGCAACAGCAAGCUGCUGAGCAGGAAAAACUUAAGCGAUUAAAGGAAAUUGCUGAGAAUCAGGAAGCCAAACUUAAGAAAGUGAGAGCACUGAAAGGGCAUGUGGAGCAAAAAAGACUCAGCAAUGGAAAGUUAGUGGAGGAGAUUGAACAGAUGAACAGCCUGUUCCAGCAAAAGCAGCGUGAGCUAGUGCUGGCCGUGUCAAAGGUAGAGGAACUCACCAGGCAGCUGGAGAUGCUGAAGAACGGCCGAAUUGAUGGCUACCACGACAACCAGUCAGCUGUAGCCGAGCUCGACCGCCUGUACAAGGAGCUGCAGCUGAGGAACAAACUGAACCAGGAGCAGAAUGCCAAGCUGCAGCAACAGAGGGAGUGUUUGAACAAGCGCAACUCGGAGGUGGCAGUCAUGGAUAAGCGUGUUAAUGAGCUGCGGGAGCGCCUCUGGAAGAAAAAAGCAGCUCUGCAACAGAAAGAGAAUGUACCGGUUUCUUCAGAUGGGAACUUACCCCCAUUGGCGUCUGCUCCAAGUCGAGUGGCAGCAGUUGGUCCUUACAUCCAGUCCUCUACUAUGCCACGUAUUGCUUCCAGACCUGAACUUUUGGUGAAGCCAGCAUUUUCAGAUGGGACACAAACUUUGCAGGCACCUGAUGGUCCGCUAAAAACACAAACUCUGCCGAACAUGCGAGCCGGGAGCAGUUCACAAGCUAAAGCUCUUGCAGGUUCUGUGGUCCCCAGUUCAAAACCUUCCCUGUCUGCUUCAGACUGGAAGCUUAAUGCAGACAAUCAUGUUACUCAAGGAUCAGCCUUAACUUCAGGAAAAGGAAUUGUGGCUGGUGAAGGUCAAGCUGAAGGAGAAGCUUUCUUGCGAGACAAAGAGAAGAAAGUGCGGCCGUUUUCAAUGUUUGAUUCUGUGGAUCAGGCUGCUGGUCUGGGCACACUGCGAAAGAACCAGAGCAGCGAAGAUCUCUUGCGAGAAGCACAGACAGCCAAUAAAAAUGUAACAAAGGUACCGCCACCUGUCCCCACUAAACCAAAACAGAUAAACUUGCCUUAUUUUGGUCAAGCCAGUCAUCUGCAACUUUCUGAUACUAAGCUGGAUGGAAACGUGCAGAAGCUGCCUUUGGCUGUUGUAACUAUGGGGAACAAACAAAAACCAGUGGCACAGCAGCCCUCUCAUCCUUCCCAGCAGAUACAGCAAAGAAUUUCUGUACCACCUGUAGGUCCUUCUUCUAGCCAGGAACAAAUCCUUCCCUCCUCCAAACAGGGUCCCCCAGCAGCAGCUGUGAGACCUUUCACCCCUCAGCCAUCCAAAGAGACCUCACUGCCACCAUUUCGAAAGCCUCAAACUGUGGCUGCAAGUUCAAUUUAUAGCAUGUACACACAACAGCAGACUCCAGAGAACUUCCAGCAGGCAGUGCAAAGUGCUUUGACGAGAGCGCAGACCAGAGGACCACACUUCCCAAGUGUGUAUGGAAAGCCUGUCAUGGCAGGAGCUGGUGUGCAGAAUCAGCUGCCGCUGUCGGAGAAUGUCUACUCAACUCAAGGCAAGCCAGGCAGUCCAGAGCCCGAGAUGGAAACAACAACGUCUGCUCAUGAGAAUCAUGAAACCGAGCGAAUACCCCGUCCCCUUAGCCCAACCAAACUGCUGCCUUUCCUGUCCAAUCCGUACCGCAACCAGAGCGAUGCUGAUUUGGAAGCACUACGGAAAAAGCUCUCCAAUGCACCCAGACCGCUGAAGAAACGUAGCUCCAUUACCGAGCCAGAAGGACCUAAUGGCCCAAACAUUCAGAAGCUGUUGUAUCAGAGGACAACUCUGGCUGCUAUGGAGACUAUCUCAGCUCCAUCACAUCCCUCCAAACAGAUGUCAUCAGCUGUCAGUCCUGAAAGCCCUGUGGAAAUCCCAAACCCCUAUGCAAGUGCAGAAUCAGAGAAAGAAACGAUUUCUUCAAUGCCAGAACCAGCCAUUGCUGAGGAAGCAGAGAACACACCAGUGGACGAGAGCGAAGUUGUUCUUCCCUCCUCAGCUUUGGAGACAGUACCUGAGGGAGUUUCGGAUGUUGACGAACCCGCACAGCCCAAAAUGGAAGAACCAAGCCUGGAGGCUUCACUGCCACUGGAGGUGUACAUAGAGGAGUAUCCUCCAUACCCACCACCCCCAUAUCCAUCAGGGGAACCAGAGAGUUUGGGAGAGGACUCAUUCAAUAUGCGGCCUCCUGAAGUUACUGGACCGUUUUCCUUGCCUCCUGGGAAGAGGACGAACUUGCGUAAAACUGGCUCUGAGAGAAUCGCACAUGGAAUGAGAGUGAAGUUCAACCCCCUUGCAUUGCUUCUGGAUUCAUCUUUGGAGGGGGAGUUUGAUCUUGUGCAGAGAAUCAUUUAUGAGGUUGAAGAUCCUAGCAUGCCCAACGAUGAAGGGAUUACUGCACUGCACAACGCUGUGUGUGCUGGGCACACAGAGAUCGUGAAGUUCCUGGUGCAAUUUGGUGUGAAUGUGAAUGCUGCAGACAGUGAUGGAUGGACCCCAUUACACUGUGCAGCAUCUUGCAAUAACGUGCAGGUGUGCAAAUUCCUGGUGGAAUCGGGUGCAGCUGUAUUUGCUAUGACCUACAGUGACAUGCAGACAGCAGCAGACAAGUGUGAGGAAAUGGAGGAAGGCUACACGCAGUGCUCCCAGUUCUUAUAUGGAGUCCAGGAGAAAAUGGGAAUAAUGAACAAAGGAGUGAUUUAUGGACUGUGGGAUUAUGAGGCUCAGAAUGAUGAUGAGCUCUCAAUGAAAGAGGGAGACUGCAUGACAAUCCUGCGCCGGGAAGAUGAAGAUGAAAUUGAGUGGUGGUGGGCACGGCUGAAUGACAAGGAAGGCUAUGUUCCCCGCAACCUGCUUGGGCUGUAUCCGAGGAUUAAGCCUAGACAAAGAAGCUUGGCAUGAAAUAGUACAGAAGCCAGAUUCUUGAAGUACUAAUCAUGGAUGACUUACAAAGAAAAAAUUCAUUUUGUGUUGGCUCCAGAAUCAUGAGACUUAUUUCAAUGACAAUGUAAUUUGAAAGCUAUGAAGAAUGUGCUUUGAAAACAAAUGAAGGAUUGAUACAUUAGCAAAUGGAUGAGGGCAUUCUACAAGCUGAAAUAACGCUCUUACAAGCAAGUGAAAUUCUUCUGCCUUUGGCCUAAGCAAACCUAAUGUUCAAGAACCCACUCUGAUUUCUUCAAACAUGGCAGAAGAGAAUUUCACAUUUUUUCUGCAUUAAAUACAAGGAUCCUUUCAGUUUACUGUUGGAGGGAUCGUCAUAAGACAGACAACUAGCUUUGUCCAAAUCUAUCCUGAGGCUUUUUUCCAGAUGGGAGAAAUGAAAGUACGUGCACAGCACCCAAAUGCUUAUUGCUGGAAGCAGAACAUUUGCUACAGAAGCUAAGAUUGAAGUGCAUCUGAAUAGUGAAAGACGUGACCUAUCCAUUAAGCAAUAACUUUUAAAAUACUGUAGUAUCUUAGUAAUUCCAUGUAUUCAAAAUAUUAUAACAAUGUAGUUUUAGAUUACUCUUUUUACAGAGACUCAUGUAUUUAUUACUUUUUUUACUUUUAAAACUAAAUGUAGAAAUUUUCUGUAGUCCUUGACAACUUGUUUUUAUUUUACUGUGAUACCAUUAAACUUUUGUCUCCUCUUAAACUUUAACUCUGUGUUUGCCUGUUAAGUUUUUAUUAGACCAUCUGAAGCUGUUAACAAUGUCGUACUGCUGUUCUACAUUAUGCUAACAUCUGACUACUUUCUGUAUUAAAUAGAACCCCUCCUCUCCCAUUCAUUAAAACGGUCUUUCUGCAUUUAAAAUUAAGCCAUAGCUGAUACUUGCAUGUAACCGUUGUUAACCUUAGCUUCUAAAGGACACAUUUUAA